AUGUUAGAAAUUGCAGCAGAAAAAGGCAUCAAACCUUGGAUUGAAGAAGUACCUGUCUUCUGCAAAGUUGCGGAGAGUUUUUGGAGAAUUCUUACAAAGGUGAUGCUAGAUUUAGAUUUGUUUUCACCGACUAUGAGAAUGCUUUAUGAAUUUUCCUAUUGCUUUUCCCCUGGUUCUCUUGGUAAAGGAGGAUGGACUUUCUGA